AUGAAGUACAAGAUGCCCAAGGGCAAGGUCCUACUUAUCUCCCCAUGGAACUAUCCGUACUUCAUCUCUCUUAUUCCUUUGGCUGGUGCCUUCGCUGCUGGAUGCACUGCUGUCCUCAAGCCAUCGGAGCAUGCGCCGACCGUCUCGCAGGCGUUGGCCGACCUCAUCCCCCGGUACCUCGACACCGACGCUGUCUCUGUUGUCCAGGGUGGGCCUGAGACCGUCACCCAACUUCUUGACAUGCGUUGGGAUCACAUCAUGUUCACCGGCGGUACUCGCAUCGGCCGCAUCGUCGCACAAGCUGCUGCGAAGUACAUGACUCCUAUCACUCUCGAGCUUGGUGGAAAGUGCCCUGUGAUCAUCGAUGAAAGUACGAACAUCGAACUUGCGGCUAGGCGUAUCCUAUACGGCCGGCAGAACAACGCCGGACAGGUCUGCGUCUGCCCUGACUAUGUUCUGGUACCUCGUCACCUGCAAGAUGCCUUGAUUGAUGCGCUGCUCAAACAUGCCCGCGAGUUCUGGCCGAACGGCUCGAUCAACUCGGAAGACUUGGGCUUGAUCAUCAAUAAGGCACACCAUAAGCGCCUGACUGACUUGCUCGCCCAGUCCAAGGGGACUAUUGUUUUAGGUGGCGAGACCAAAGGGGAGCGCAAGCUGGCCAUGACCGUAUUGCGCGACGUCAAACCAGACGACGCGCUCAUGCAAGACGAGAUCUUCGGCCCCGUCAUCCCCGUCUUGCCCGUCGAGAACAACGACGAGGCUGUCAGGAUCAUCAACUCUCUACCCAUUCCUCUCGCGGUCUACCUGUUCAGCGAAGACGAAUCGGUCAAGAACAAGAUCUUGAUGGAGACGGAAAGCGGAACACUCGUCAUGAAUGACACUUAUCAGCAGCUGGCUGUCCAGCAGCUUCCGUUUGGCGGUAAAGGCGAUUCAGGUGAUGGCAAGUACUUCGGCAAGGCCACUUACGACCUCUUCACGCACAUCCGUUCCUUCGUGAACAUCAACCUAGCCUCCGAGCCAAUGUUCAAAGCCCGCUACCCCCCCUUCACGCAGGAGGCAUACGACGCGUUGAAGGUGUUUGGCUUGGGGAAGACUGUUCCGGCAGCAUGA